AUGGGUAAUAACUAUUAUAUCCAUCAUUUCAAUGUUUCAAACAUACAGAGCGAAAUUAAGAUCCUAUCGGUUGAAUUCAGAACCCUAGAAGAAACCCAAUUCUCAACAAUGAUUGAACAAGAAUUUCGAAAUGCAUACGAAAUGUUAAAAAAUACUUUCCCAAUUCAUAGAACUAAAAGAUGGGACUCAAUAGGAGCCGCUUGGAAAUUCAUAGCAGGAAGUCCAGAUGCCAAUGAUUUGCGUCUGAUUAAUUCCACACUAAACGAAUUGAUAAUUAAUAAUAAUGCUCAAGUUAAAAUAAAUAAUGAUCUUACGUUUCAACUAACAGAUACACUGAAACAAAUCAAAGAAGCACUUAGACUUUCGCGAGAUUCCUCAAUAGAUUUCUAUUCUCUCAACAUUCUCCUAAACCUCAAAUACUUAUCAGAAAAAUUAAGUCUAGUUACAGACAGCAUUGCUCUAGCAAAAUUAGGUAUAACGAAUCCUCGCAUAUUGAAUAGAAAUGAAAUAGACUUAUUAAUUAAUGACAUAAAAGAACAAAAUAUUCCGAUUCAAACAAUCUCUGAAGCCUUAUCAUAUACGAGUACAAAAAUAGCUACUAACAAGGAUGAAAUGUUAUUCAUAAUAAGUUGUCCAAAACUAACAAACGAUGUAUACAAAAAAAUUGAAUUGUAUGGUGUAACGAAUAAGAAUAAGAAAAUCGAUGUUCCCAAAAAGUUUUACCUUUCCCUACAAUCCCAAUUCUUCAUUGUACCAAACGUCGACAAGAAUAUCUACGAUUCAAAAGAGUUGCAAGAAGACAACGGUAAAUGCGUCCCAGCUCUUUUACGAGGACAACCAGCAGUAUGUGACUUCAUAGCGAACCCAGCAAUGAUCGAAAUCAUUCAUCUAGACAUGGCUCACAUUUUGAUCAACUCAGCAGUGGAGUUCACAAUUAAAACCACAUGCGGUCUAAAAAGGAGAAACCUGACAGGCUCGUUUCUCCUAUCAUACGAAUCAUGCAACAUAUUCCUGAAUGAGGAAGAGAUUUCGAGCAACAAAACUGAACUACAUGGAUCACCGUUGAAUCUUCCUAUCUACGAACUCAGAAACGAGAUGCACCAAAUUCGAUUAGAAUCCAAGAGCUUCACUUGGACCGGAUGGUCUAUUACCAGCUUAGUAAGUACACCAAUAAUGCUGAUGAUCGUUAUCUGUAUAUACUUCACUACAAAGAUGCGGAAAAGAACAAUCAUAAACAUCCAUGAAAAACCAACACCUAGAACUGCAUCAUCGAAAUCCCAAGAUAGUGAACCCAACGUUGAAAACUUUCACCCGCCAACUAUUAUGGAAGUUUUUCGGACGGAGCCUCAAAUUUAAGGAGGGGCAAGUUAACGCUCGUCGCCACAACCCUUCCACCGGAUGUACCCUUUCCUAUGAUAUCUACCUGAAGAAUA